AGCAGCAACGUGCAGGGUCAAGGACAGCCGGCCGCCCAUGUCAGUGGUCUAGGAUGGCCAGUGAAGGCACCAGCAUCCCAAGCCCUGUCGUGCGCCAGAUUGACAAGCAGUUUCUGAUUUGUAGCAUAUGCCUGGAACGGUACAAGAAUCCCAAGGUUCUCCCCUGCCUGCACACUUUCUGUGAAAGGUGCCUGCAGAACUACAUUCCCGCCCACAGUUUAACCCUCUCCUGCCCAGUGUGCCGCCAGACCUCCAUCCUGCCCGAGAAAGGGGUGGCCGCGCUCCAGAACAACUUCUUCAUCACGAACCUGAUGGACGUGCUGCAGAGAACUCCAGGCAGCAAUGUCGAGGAGUCGUCCAUCUUGGAGACGGUUACCGCCGUGGCUGCAGGGAAGCCCCUCUCCUGCCCAAACCACGAUGGCAACGUAAUGGAAUUCUACUGCCAGUCCUGCGAGACCGCCAUGUGUCGAGAGUGCACGGAGGGCGAGCACGCUGAGCACCCCACGGUCCCGCUCAAGGACGUGGUGGAGCAGCACAAGGCCUCUCUCCAGGUCCAGCUGGAUGCCAUCAACAAAAGGCUCCCGGAAAUUGACUCGGCUCUCCAGUUCAUCUCGGAAAUCAUUCACCAGCUGACCAACCAGAAGGCCAGCAUCGUGGAGGACAUCCAUUCCACCUUCGACGAGCUCCAGAAGACACUGAACGUGCGCAAGAGCGUGCUGCUCAUGGAGCUGGAGGUCAACUAUGGCCUGAAGCAUAAAGUGCUGCAGUCGCAGCUGGACACUCUGCUCCAGGGGCAGGAGAGUAUCAAGAGCUGCAGCAACUUCACGGCGCAGGCGCUGCACCAUGGCACGGAGACCGAGGUGCUGCUGGUCAAGAAGCAGAUGAGCGAGAAGCUGAAUGAGCUGGCUGACCAGGACUUCCCGCUGCACCCGCGCGAGAACGACCAGCUGGACUUCAUCGUGGAGACCGAGGGCCUCAAGAAGUCCAUCCACAACCUCGGCACCAUCCUCACCACCAACGCCGUGGCCUCUGAGACGGUGGCCACGGGCGAGGGUCUGCGCCAGACCAUCAUCGGGCAGCCCAUGUCCGUCACCAUAACCACCAAGGACAAAGACGGCGAGCUGUGCAAGACCGGCAACGCCUACCUGACGGCCGAGCUGAGCACGCCCGACGGCAGCGUGGCCGACGGGGAGAUCCUGGACAACAAGAACGGCACCUACGAAUUCCUCUACACCGUCCAGAAGGAGGGCGACUUCACCCUGUCGCUGCGGCUCUACGACCAGCACAUCCGCGGCAGCCCCUUCAAGCUCAAGGUCAUCCGCUCAGCGGACGUGUCCCCCACCACCGAGGGCGUCAAGCGGCGCGUCAAGUCCCCCGGCAGUGGCCACGUCAAGCAGAAGGCUGUCAAGAGGCCGGCCAGCAUGUACAGCACGGGCAAGCGAAAAGAAAACCCCAUCGAAGACGACCUCAUCUUCCGCGUGGGUACCAAAGGAAGAAAUAAAGGAGAGUUUACAAAUCUCCAAGGGGUAGCUGCAUCCACCAGCGGAAAGGUACUAAUUGCAGACAGCAACAACCAAUGCGUACAGAUAUUCUCCAACGACGGCCAGUUCAAAAGUCGCUUUGGCAUCCGAGGUCGCUCUCCUGGGCAGCUACAGCGGCCCACGGGGGUCGCCGUGCAUCCCAGCGGGGACAUCAUCAUUGCUGACUAUGAUAAUAAGUGGGUUAGCAUUUUCUCCUCAGAUGGCAAGUUCAAGACAAAAAUUGGAUCAGGAAAACUGAUGGGGCCCAAAGGAGUUUCCGUGGACCGCAACGGGCACAUUAUUGUGGUGGACAACAAGGCGUGCUGCGUGUUUAUCUUCCAGCCAAACGGGAAAAUAGUCACCAGGUUUGGUAGCCGAGGAAAUGGGGACAGGCAGUUUGCAGGUCCCCAUUUUGCAGCGGUAAAUAGCAAUAAUGAGAUUAUUGUUACAGAUUUCCAUAAUCAUUCCGUCAAGGUGUUUAAUCAGGAAGGAGAGUUCAUGUUGAAGUUUGGCUCAAAUGGAGAAGGCAAUGGGCAGUUCAAUGCCCCGACAGGCGUAGCAGUGGAUUCAAAUGGGAACAUCAUUGUGGCCGACUGGGGAAACAGCAGGAUCCAGGUUUUUGAUGGGAGUGGAUCAUUUUUGUCUUACAUUAAUACAUCUGCUGACCCCCUCUAUGGCCCCCAAGGCCUGGCCCUGACCUCAGAUGGCCAUGUUGUGGUUGCAGACUCUGGAAAUCACUGUUUCAAGGUCUACCGAUACUUACAGUAACCCUGGGCAGCUGAGCACCCCCUGCCAAGGAUCUUGCACUACAAACUGGAAUGAAUUUCUCAACGCGGGACCAGAUCAGGACUAGACUUCAUGUUAGAGAGAAUCGAUGGUGAACGUCCCACGGUUAUUUCUGAAUGUAACAGUUUCUUGAAAACUGCUUAUCCAGUUUUCAUAAUUCACCUUAAGGGUCUGAAAAAGGAAGAAGAAAAACAUCUCUUCUACUGAAUCUAUAAAAACUGUAGUUUUACACCUGUGAACUAUGGCUUAGAGAACAGGGAUUUUAUGUAGUUCAACUGAUUUUGCAAAUCAAGCAAGCAUUAAAAAACAGACUAGAAUAUGUAAAGAGAUUUGUUAAUCCUCUGAAUGGUAGCUUUUGCACCGAGCUUCCAGAAACAAAACAAGGACAAACUCUGUUGUGGCUAUAUUCUUUAUUGAAUCUAAGUCACAAGAUCUGGGGAAUCUUCUAACCUCACUUUUACAGGAGGUAUUACUCGUGUCAUGUUUUUUUUUGGUUAUCAACAACUCUACAUAAAUUAUUUUAGAAAGAAAAUAGAAGUCUUGCAGAAAUCCUCCCGGCUGCCAUUAGCCGGCCUCUGGAGGUUAGCCCUUGAGGCUCAAUGCAAAUUUCCCCAUCCUUCUGGGUUAGAUCAAAGAUCUUUUUGAUGUGUUCCUUUCACCUUCUUAUUCCUGCUCACAGAAAACCAAGUCCAUGAACAAGGAUACCUGAGAUUCCUCACGCUUAGAGAAGCAUAUUCCAAAAGUAAUUCUACCUUUUGACGAAGAGACAGCCCUGGUAGCUCCAGCUUGAUGCACUGGAGUGUAGCCACACACACUCAUUGUGUGCCAUGUCUUCACGUGUCUUUCCUCUCCCACUUCAUGAAAAGCGAAAGCUUUACCUCUUGCAAAAACGGUCAGCACAUGUAGUAGGACACCAGUAUCCUAGGACAGAGAGCCAUAGUAGCCCUUUGGAGGACGGAUGGUGUCAGCCAAAGGCAUGUGAUGGAUUGGUGAAGGACUUCCCCCUUAGAAAGCAAGUGUUACCAAAGUUGUGUUAUCUUGAGAGAGCAUUACAGGUAAGGGCAUGUUGUGGUUAUUUAUCAUUGUUUAAUGAAUAGUAGCGGCGUUAAGGGACUAUGUAUACACGAUUAGGGUAAGAUAGAAUGUACUAUACAUAUAAAUAUAGCUGAGUCUUUGGUGUAUUGAAAUAGGCAGCACUCUGAAAGACAGAAGCAUCGUCCAGCCAUCCUUCGGCACAUUCCUUUCCUACUCAGCUGAAAACCUUUCUAGAGCCAGCACUGCAGAUUUCAUUUUUGCUAUUUUCUAAGAAUGAUGGUGAUGGCUGACGUUGAGUCAGAAAAUGGUCUUCUGAGCUUUC